AUGCUUGCGUUCGUUCAAGGUUCACAUACAAUCACGAGCAAAGAAGAUGCAAUGAUCAACGAAGCGAAACAUGAAGUGGAAGGAAAAAGACGCACGCAGCCGGAGGAUGAGAGGGUGAGGAAGGGAGUUCUAGAUCCACUCGAUAAUCCCCAGAGCUACACUGUCGAAAGGAACAGUCUUGAUCAGUUUGGCGAUCAGAAUACGAUCAAUGAGGAUGGAAAAAUCGAGCAACUUAAACAAUAA